AAAGGAAAAAAAAAAAAGAGUCCUCCAUUCCUUCAAAUCCUAAUUAUCAAAAACAAAUUCGAGAAUUACUGCUUUCUUUAAUUAAUUAGAGAAAUCCCAACCCUAACCCAAUUCAAAAUUACUCAAACCACCCACAAUCAAUCAGCAAAUCUGUUCUCCAAUGCUUGUAUUUUCUGAUCAUUCUUUCAUCACUGAGACUGAAAAUUUCUUUAGUUAGUUCGGAUUCGAGAAGGUUCUGAGCUUGCCGAAUUAAGGUGCAUUGUUGUUUGGUGGGAAAAAAAUGGUGGAAGGAGGUGGUGUGAGAGCUGAUAAGACAGAAUUCACGGAGUGCUUCAAGACAGUAUGGAAGACUCCUUAUAUCAUGAAGCUUGCACUCACUGCAGGCCUUGGAGGACUAUUGUUUGGUUGGGAUACAGGAAAUAUUUCUGGUGCUCUUCUUUUCAUCAAAGAUGACUUUGAUUCUGUUAGGAAGUCAACAGUACUGCAGGAAGUGAUAGUCAGUAUGGCUGUGGCUGGAGCUAUAUUUGGUGCUGGCAUUGGAGGGUGGAUGAACGACAAAUUUGGAAGGAAACUGUGUAUUCUUGGUGCUGAUGUUGUCUUCUUCAUUGGUGCUGUAAUCAUGGCUGCAGCUCCUGCUCCCUGGGUUAUCGUUAUCGGCAGAAUCUUAGUAGGUCUUGGAGUCGGGGCAGCUUCCAUGACUUCACCUCUCUACAUCUCAGAAGCUUCACCAGCUAAGAUCAGAGGAGCUCUUGUUGCCACUAAUGGACUUCUUAUCACCGGUGGACAGUUCGUUGCUUAUGUUGUCAAUCUUGCCUUCAACAAUGUUCACGGACAAUGGCGUUGGAUGCUUGGAAUUGCUGGCGUUCCUGCUGCACUUCAAUUCUUCUGCAUGCUCACCCUUCCAGAGUCUCCCAGAUGGCUUUACAGUCAGAAUAAGGUAGAUGAGGCAAGGGAUAUCUUGGAGAAGAUAUAUCCUGCUGAUGAAGUUGAAGCUGAGAUGAAUGCACUGCAAUCCUCUAUCAAAGAGGAAAGGGAAUUGGAAUCUUCAAUUGGGCAGAGCAUCGCUGCUAAAUUGGCAAGUGCCUUCAAGAACAAAGUUGUUCGUAGAGGACUCUACGCGGGGAUCACAGUUCAAGUGGCUCAGCAAUUUGUGGGGAUCAACACUGUCAUGUACUAUGCACCAACAAUCGUUCAAUUUGCCGGUUUUGCUUCAAAGAAGACUGCCUUGGCGCUUUCUCUUGUCACAUCCGGCCUCAAUGCACUUGGUACCAUUGUUAGCAUGGCAUUUGUCGAUAGAUAUGGCAGGAGGAGGUUAAUGAUAGUCUCCAUGGUUGGGAUCAUCUCUUGCCUUGUGGUGUUAGCCAUUGUGUUCUUACAAGCUGCUAGUCAGGCUCCUGCUCUUAGUGUAGCAGAGAGCACCCACUUUGGUGCUAACUCUACUUGUCCAGCAUAUGUAGCUGCCAUGAAUGCACCUUCUUGGGAUUGUAUGUCUUGCGUGAAAGCAAAGUGCGGCUUCUGCAGUAAUUCAGCCAGUCAAUACCAUCCUGGAGCAUGCUUGGUCUCAAACAAGGAAUUUGAGAAUGCCUGCCACAGAGAAAGCAAAAGACAAUGGUUCGAAGAAGGGUGCCCGAGCAAGAUUGGAUUCCUUGCAGUGGUUCUAAUGGCAUUGUAUAUCAUCUGCUACGCACCCGGAAUGGGGACGGUGCCAUGGAUUGUUAACUCAGAGAUAUACCCAUUGAGAUACAGAGGAAUUGGUGGAGGCAUUGCUGCCAUGUCAAACUGGACUGCCAAUCUGAUUGUCUCUAUGUCAUUUUUGAGCAUCAGAGAAGCUUUUGGUUCCUUUGGGGCUUUCCUUCUCUUUGCUGGCAUUUCUACUGUUGGUCUUAUAUUCAUUUUCUUCUUUGUGCCUGAAACAAAGGGAAUGCGAUUCGAGGAGAUCGAGAAGGUGCUUGAGAAAGGCUACAGGCCACAGUUACUCAAAGGAAAAUCUAAUAAGGAUGUUUCUGAUGUUUAAACUUGGAAGGAUUUAUUGGUUUGAGAGCAACUGUAAAUCCAUAGAUAAGUCGUCUAAUUCCAGUUUUUUAGUCUUUGUAACCUGGUUUUGAUCUAUUUUACUUUGUUUUAUAGAAUCUGAGCUGAUUAGCUAAGGUUUGGAAUUUGGAUAAUGCUGUUCUGUCUAGAAACUUUUUUAUUGAAAUAUUAAUGAUUAGACCUAAUCGAUUGUCAAUCGAGUUAGUUCUUAUUAGUUGAGAACACCCUUUUUUUGUUUUGAGGAGGAGAAGAAAACUCAAUUUGACUCCAUGUACUUUUUAUUAUGCGCACUGUUAUCCUGUUUUAUCAAAUGCAAUAAAUUACUCUAAACCCUCCAAUGGUUGCAGUGCCUUCUAUCAAAAAAAAUCAGCAAGAAUCGCUCGCUAUAUUCGCAUACUCCUAGUGUUUAUAUUCCUCGUCCCCAAUUUUUGCCCUUUAAAACAUCCCUGUUUGCAUUAUUGCAGUCCAUAAACCAUAUCGUUUUCGUGGUUCGAUUUCUCUUCCGCCGGUAUUCAAACAGUAUUUGGCUUUCCAAUCUGGAGCUGUAGAAGUUCACGUACUCCAGACAAGCCCUAUUAGCCACAUUCCUCGGUAUGUGUAACGUGCUUCUGCUUGUGCCUUCUAAAAAUUGUGUCUUGCCUAAAACCCACAAAUUCUUUUACGAUGAAUAUCUUUCGGAACUAGCAGGCAGAUGUCUGGUUGAAGUUGUGCAGCGUCGAGGUUAUGAUAGAAGAGUCUACAGUUAGUUGUAAAAUGCACGAUCUGGUGCGGGAUUUGACCAUCAUGAUUGCCAAAGAUGAGUCAUUUUGCAGCUUUGAAAGAGGCAGACAUAAAUGGACACCAGAAUCUCGAUGGUUUGGAAAUGCGAUUGAAGCAGUUCAAGGCUAAGGGCUAUGUUACUAAUGUCAAGCAGUGGAGUUCCCCUCGAUAAAAGCAUGGAACCUUUCCACCCCAGUUUUGGAUUUGUCGCACAGUAAGCUGCAAAGUUUCGACAUAGAAAACUCUGGAACCUCUAGAUUUUGGUCUUAAGCGGAUGCAACAAUAUUGUAAAUGUACAUCAAUCAAUCAUUAAAUUGAAGAUGCUGAUGCUAUUGGAUCUAGGAUCUUGUGGUCUCGGGUAUCUACCUCAAGGAAUAGGGAAGCUGUCGCGUCUACAAGAACUAUCUGGAUUCAAGGUGGUGAGUAGGACUCACAAGACAAGCUGUCAGCAACUGACUGAGCUACGUGGGCUGGGAAUGAAUUUAAGUAACGAAAAUGCCUUCAUUGAGCUAUUUGGAGGUAAACCAUUGCUUCAAUUUGAAAAAAUUUCCAUGUCCUGUUAACAAGCCAGGGGUCUGGAGAAAGCACCAGGAUUAGGAAAUCAGUGAUUGAAAUAAGGAGGGGGCAUCACCAUCUCUUUGAUGUCCUUUGGACAUUGUUGCUUUGUGUAUGCUUGGCUUGUUAUCUAUUUGCUAAAUUGUUUGCUGUUGUAUUUUCAAUUUUAAUUAUAUUGUGUCUGAAGUCUUUCAAGUUGCUUGAUCUGCAUAUGAUUAAGAUAACAUCUAUGGUGUUUUACAUGUUUGCUAUCUGCAGUUUAACCUCUUUCAUUGAUUGUAAAACUGAGAUAAUGUAUUCUUUGUGGUUUGUCCAUUUCAUAUGGUGACAACCAAAGUCUAACAUAAGGAGGGCUACCAAGGUCUAAAAUCAGACAUCUGCACUUGAUACAUUGUGUAAUUAUUGAGCACAAGGGAAAGAAAAAUGGCCAAAUGUAGUCGACUAGCCGUAGUUCAUUCCUCUACUAAUGGGUCAAAAACAGAAAAAUAACGCAAAUAAAGGGGAUGGGAUUAUGAAAGGAGAUUGCGAUAUAAAAAAUCACUUGGCAGUUGGUAUACUGCAAACAAAAAUAAAGAGGACAGAAAAUCUUGGUAGCAGCAGGAAUUUCAUUGGAAGAUGGGGAGGUGAACUCAGCUCCAUUUUGCUCAAGUGUCUCGUGAUAUUUUUCAUUUGUAUGUUUCUUGCCCAAAAAAUGGUAGUGUUUCCUGGGACAUGAUUUAUUUGUGAAAAUUAUUUUUGUAUAUACCUCCGCUUAUCAGAACAGUGUAGCUAGGUCACCAACUCUCAAGCUGUGAGUUUACAGCAAGAACACUUUUUUAAAACCUAUGAAUUUGAAAAUGAAAGAGAACUCACAUAAGGGACUCUAAAUUAUCUUCAUUGUGAAUUCCUAUAUAGUUGAUUUGUAGUUUCUUACCUUCAUUCAUAUGACCACAUUGUUGCAGAUUUAUGAUCUUUACACAAAUUUGUUUCUCCUGCCUCUCUCUUUUCAUCUACACUUCCCUUUGAUAGUUCUAAUAAUAAGAGAAAGGAAGUAUAAUUAAUGGAAGAGGAAGAGCCACAUUAUCAAAAUUUUUUAUUCUCUUAUCAAGUUGAUUGCAACUUUUGAGUUGAACCUUAUGUUAAAGUCUCCUUUCUUUUUCUUCUUCCUCUUCAUUUUUUGGUAUCUUUCAGAGUGGCAAUCUCAUGCUGUCAAACAUGAGGCUAGAAUGUACUGGGGACUAACUCAGGCUACACUGAUAGUAGACAAUUCACGUAUAGGCAAAAAUAUAACCCUGACUGUCUGACCUGACAAAGGAAUGCAAAGCACGCCUCCUUUUACACAAUCAUACCUUUAGUUGCCUAUAUAAGUCUCUGAAUCAGUGUUCUACUUGCUUCAUAAUGUUUUCCUGUAUUAAUUAUACGCUAAAGUAAAGCUAGCAAAAGUGGCCUUGGAUUUUGCGAAAGCAUGGCGACUUUCAAACAUCAUUUUCACUUUUCCCCCCUAUGUUUUGCAUUCUUUGCUUACUUUUGGGUCUGUUAAGUUUUGUUGGAUUCUUUGCUUAGCUUUGAGCGCUGUUACCAAGUAUCACUCUUUUAUUGAAUGAGAUACUUUGCUCUCUCCAAUGGUUAUUGUGCCUUCUAUUCAUAAGGAAGAAUAAGUUUUGGAAUUGGUAUGCUUCGUAUAUUAUAUAAUGUUGAGAAUACCAUAAACUAAUAAAGUAUUCUUCUCCCUGUUCGAUUUCUAUGUCGAGGUUGGAAUUGGGGUUCAAUUCCUUUUUAAUCCAGAGCUGUUGAAGCUUAUAUACCCUUGGACAGGUCAUAUCUGCUGCAUUCUGGGGUA